AUGGGUCGGCGAAAGAUCGAGAUGAAGAUGGUGAAGGACAGCAGCUCCAGGCAGGUCACCUUCUCGAAGCGCCGGACCGGCCUUUUUAAGAAAGGAAACGAGCUUGCUACGUUGUGCGGCGCGGAAGUUGCCAUGGUAGUCUUCUCCCCGGGAGGCAAGCCAUUCUCAUUCGGCCACCCAAGCGUUGACUCAGUUGCAAACAGGUUUCAAAAUCAGGACCUAGAACCAAAUAACGGUAAUGUCGGUGGUUCUUCAAAGGAUGCGAAGGUGGAUAAGCUUAAUCGGCAACUUAUUGGCCUGAUUAAGCAGCUCCAAGCGGAAAAGAAGAGGGGAGAGAUGCUGGAGAAGGCAAUGAAAGCAAAAGGGCAACCCAAAUGUAAAGCACAGAUCAAUGAGCUCAGCCUUCAUGAGCUUGAAAAGUUGAAGGGAUCACUUGAGGAGCUCCGUGGAAAUCUAAAAGCACGAGUCAGUGAGAUGGAGGCAUCAUCUUCGUUGCUUCUCCUGGCAAAGAAACCUACCCGAGAAGAUGACAAGCAAGUUACUAAAAAAGGUUGA